AUGGGAGUGAUGGAAGUCGGUGGAGGUGGUGGUAAUGAUGGAAGUCAGUAUUGGUGGCGGUGGCUGUGGGGUGGUGGUGGAGGUGGAUGUGGAUGUGGCAGCAUCUAUGGUGGUAGUGGUGGAGGUGGCAGUAGAAGUAGUGGAUGCGGCGGCGUGAUGGUGGUGGAAGGCAGCUACGGUGGUGACGGUAGCAGUGAGGGUGGUGAAAGGCGACAAUGGUGGUGGAAGGUGGCAGUGAUGGUGAAGGCGACGGCAGUGGUGGUGGUAAUGGUGAUAGUGGUGGUGGCAUUGGUGGAAGUCGGUGGUGGCGAUGGGCGCGGUGGAGGUGGAGGUGGCAGUGGCGGUGGCUAA